UGUUGUGGAUCGUUUCUCGAGCCCCCGCUGAAGCACAGAGUGAGCCCGCCUCGCAGAGCGCUACAUCGGGCUGUGCCGGUGACAGUACCAAACACCUUCAACCUGAGCAGCAGCCGUGGAUCAGCAGCAGAUCAGAGCCGCCGUGGACUGCGCGGCUUUGGGAAAAGAAGCGGACUGUAACUACGGGGAACGGACAGCAGAGUCGAUUUUUUUCUGGCGUGUUGGUGCUCUCUGAAAAAGUUGCAUCUGCUUGGGACGCACAAGAUACCCACUGCUGAAGGAAAUAUCCCCGCACGGGUUGGUUGUAAAUAACAUCUGAGCAGAUCACGCAGUGUGCAACAGUGAUUGAGUCACGGUCCACCUGAAGAGAAUCCCAGAAAGAAGCAAAGUCCUGGGAUGAAAGCACUCUGCCAUUUUCCUCUCUCCCCCAGACCACCAGGAGGAGGACGCUGGGUGACACACUGAGAGUGUGUGGUGCGUCUGACGCCGUCGGGCUACCAUGGCUCUGGUUCAGGCACUACCCCUGACCGUGAGUGACCACCCGAAUCCAGGCCUCGACAUCCAGCAGUGCCGGCCGCUAUCAUCCCAUUCCCCCUCAGGUCCCUGCUCUGGCCCCUGUGGGCACUGCACCUCUGACACAGCCAUGGGGUCAGUGAGUAGUCUCAUAUCAGGCCGGACGUACCAAGAGAGACACUGCAGGGCUGCCAGCGAAUUCAACACCAAGCCACGCCGUUCCACGCCAGCUACCAGCUGCUUCCGGCUCCAGGAUAAUACCCUCCGCAGUGGGAGCUCCCUGGAGCAGCUGCUGGUUAUCAGCAACAGAACAGAGCCUCAGGCGCAGGUUCUGCCUCCACCGCUUCCCACAAAGAAGCAGCCACGGCCUGGAAACUCUGCUGGGACAGGAGGGGGUGUAACGGUUGCUGGAACAGUAGGCGGUGUCGGUGGCAGCACUAAUGGGAACUUUGGGUAUGUGAGCAAGGAGGUGGUGGUUGGAGACUGGAACGACAACCUGGUGCUGACUGCUGCAAGCCCCUGCAGCGACUCAGAGGACCAAAAAGACAACAGGACUCUAAAUGGGAACAUUGGUGGACCUCCUCCCAAACUCAUCCCAGUGUCUGGACAGCUGGAGAAGAACAUGGAGAAAGUGCUGAUCCGUCCUACAGCGUUCAAGCCUGUCGUUCCCAAGAAUCGGCACUCCGUACAGUAUCUUUCGCCACGGCCAGGUGCCAGCACUCUGUCGGAGGCCAGCCUCAACCUUCUGCUGCCCCAUGGAGGAUCCAGCAGUGCCAGCGGUACAAGUGGGAAUGGUGGAAGCAGCAGUUCCAACUCUGAAGGGAAGUGCAACUCCUACACCGGUGGUCGCAAUGCUCGGAGCAGUCAGUCCUGCUCCAUGUCAGAUUCAGGGAGGAACUCGCUCUCCAGCCUCCCUACUCACAGCAGCACAGGUUACAGUUUGGCUCCCAGUGAGGGCUCCAGUGCUGGUUCUGGGUCAGGAGGCCAGCUGGAGCCUGUGUCGGGCAUCAGCCGAAACACUUCUGGUGGAGGCGGGAGCCACGGUCACAGUAACUCAGACAGUGGACGUUCCUCGUCCAGCAAGAGCACAGGCUCGGGGUCACUUAGUGGGCGCGGGCAGCCCCUGUCAGACAGCGGGUCCUGUGGCCACUCUCCACCCCCCGUGGAGGGUUACGAGGCCGUGGUGCGGGAGCUCGAGGAGAAGCUGAGGGAACGGGACCUGGAGCUCCAGCAGCUCAAAGAAAAUCUGGACGAGAAUGAAGCUGCCAUCUGCCAGGUGUAUGAAGAGAAGCAGCGCCGCUGUGAAAGAGAGAUGGAGGAGCUGAGACAGAGCUGUGCCACGAAGAUGAAGCAGGCCUCUCAGAAGGCAAAGAGAGCACAGCAGGUGCUUCAAUUACAGGUAUUUCAGCUACAGCAGGAGAAAAAGAAGCUACAGGAGGACUUCUCCUCUCUGCUGCAGGACAGAGAGACACUGGAAAGGAGGUGCGCCACAAUCCAGAGGGAGCAGACCCAACUAGGGCCACGUCUGGAGGAGACAAAGUGGGAGGUAUGUCAAAAGUCAGGAGAGAUCUCUCUCCUGAAGCAGCAGCUUAAGGAGAUCCAGUCGGAGCUCAGCCAGAAGGCAGGAGACAUUGUGGUCUUGAAGGCCCAGCUUAGAGAAGCUCGCUCUGAGCUGCAAGCCAGCCAGAUUAGAUCCCAGGAGGCCCAGACUGCUCUGCGGACACGGUCACUGGAGCUGGAGGUCUGCGAAAAUGAACUCCAGAGGCGCAAGAGUGAAGCUGAGCUGCUCCGAGAGAAAGUGAGCCGUUUGGAAGAGGAGACAGCCCGGCUACGUGACGCUCUGACCGGUCACAGCGGACCUGCUCUGCCUGGAAAUGUAGCCAUGAAGGGGCAAUGCAUGAGUCUGACACUGCAACAGGGUAGAGUUGUGGCAGGAAGGGGAGGUCCCAGUCCCUCUGUGUACCGCAACGGAGAGGAGACUCAUCUGGUCUGGGGUGGAGAGAGCGAUGAAGCCAAGGCUCAGAGGCAGAAUGCAGAAACAGUGUUGGGACUCAGGCAACAGGUUGAUAGGCUGAAGGCUGAGCUCAUGUAUGAGAGGAGGACUGGUGAGGAGCAGCUGUCACGUUUCGACGAAGAGAGGCGGGUGUGGCAGGAGGAAAAGGAGAAGGUAAUCCACUACCAGAAACAGCUGCAGCAGAACUACAUCCAGAUGUACCGUCGCAACCGUGAUCUGGAGAGAGUGAUGAGGGAGCUGAGUCUGGAGCUGGAGAACAGGGACAUGGAGGACUAUGAAGUGCGCAGCGGCAGCAAUGACAUCCACUUUGAGGAAAUCACUGCCACAGAGAUAUAAACACACACGCGCUGCGAGCAAUAUGUCCAAAUAAAAACCAUGGCAACACUCUGAAGGUGUAAACCAAACAAUCAACUCUGGGCCAAAUACUGCACUAUCUUCAACGUGGCUUUGCCCGGAUCAUCGAGCAAGCACUCACCACCCGUCACUGUUAAAAGGGAGCUCUCCCAAAAGGUGCAUUCUCACUUCCUGCUAACACAAAUGUACUCCCAGUAAAUCCUUUUAAGGUGUCUCCCACUACGCUUUUAAUGGGUUUUUAUUCCACUACAAAGCCAGCACAAAGACCUGUUUCCAUCUGUGGGAGCGAGAGGAGGGAAAGAAGUGUUUUAUUUCUCAGACCACGUUCAAAUCAGGGUAUUGAAAAUCGAUGGGAACCUUAAAGCAAAAAAACAUUACUACACACAGAGAAAUCUGGUUACAACUUUGUUGGUAGCACACGACGUGAAACACCCAGACACCAGCGUGCACGUACUCAUGCACCACGAGAGAUGACCAAUCAAUCACCUGGUUAUUAAAGCCGACGUCAUCACCCGCCCGAACCGUGCUCAUCGGCGACGCAAACCCUCGCUGCACCAGUCCUCCAAUCCCAAAUAUUACUGUUAACUGCUGUUUGUAUUUCAUGGAGUUGAUAGCAUCAACAGUUCAUUUUACCAAGUCUAAAAAAAUACCAAUAUUUUGUUCUUCUGCUUGUACGUAUUUGAUGAGGAAUGUAUUGUCACUUCUGAGAAAUGCAGUAACGAGAACAUCUGAGAAGCACGCUGUUAUUUUGCACAACUUCCCUGCCCUCUUUUUGUUCAGGACUCAACUGUUUUCAAUUCAAACAAACCAAUGCUGACGUGCGCCUCCUUGCUUACAUGUGAACAUCCUAUUCAGCCGUUUCCGAAAACCUACCGGGAACGCCAAACCAAACGCUCAAAGGAAAUGCUUUAUUUGAACUCUGCUCAAGUUUUCAAGACCACCAACUGUUGCACACGUGUCAAUUCUUUAGACAAUGCACCGAUCUCACAUAAACGUUUUAGUAUAAGUGAUAUUUCCAGGAUGCUGCCGAUUC